AACUGCCGGCCGCAGGGGUGCAGAUUUUAACUACAGUUCUAGUCUUUCCUGCGGGGACACGGCAGUAACACACUGUAGAACACAGUGCAAAGAUACGACUUGGCGGUAUGAGCUGAUAUUUUAUCUUUCCGGAUAUGUAUGUUAGCGCCCGCACCUGAUACUUUGUAGAAGAGCCAUACUCAACGGGCCAAAGAGCCGCACGUAACUCACGAGCUGCGGUUUUGCCGACCACUGGGUGUUCCAGUCGCGAUUGGAAUGUAUCAGAUCUGUUGGCAGCAGAAAUGCUCGAACUUCUCGAUUCAUUUCGUGUUGGGGUAGGAUUCAGCGACAACAAGGCUACUACAGUACAAUUUAUUACUGUGAAGUGUGGGAACACAGACUGUUUUAAGGUAACUUGCCUGUGAAUCCGCUUCAAAAAAAUUAAUAUUUUGUUUUCCAUUUUAAAUUGACGUUUAGAGUUUUUUGAACUAAAUGGUGGUUUAAAUAACUGAACUUGACAUCAGGAAGUUAUUUAAAAAUCGACUUAAAUGUCUGUUGGUGUGCAUCCACCCCCAUUGUUUCUGCGGCUUUCACACGUCAGUGUUGUUAUUAGACACCUGUUCGAGAAAUAUAUAUAUACUAUACAAUUGUUUUUCAAGCUGAUAGUCCUGCUAAGAGAUACGCUUUGCAAUGCUCUUGGGUUUCCCUUGUAUAUCUUGUUGCUUAAUUGUCAUUAUCGAAAAUUAUUAUAUGUGUAACUUGUCUUAAUAUGGGACAGGUAACAGGUGUGAAGUUCCAGAGUUACUAGGGAUUUAUUCUGGGUUUAAUAUUAGACAAUCACUGUUGGCAAUUGAUUUCAAGAGAGUAGCAGAUGACGAAAAGUAGGUUUUUGAGGCAACUAAGGACGCCAGAAUGACAAAGAGAAACAAGAAAUGGAAGAGAGAAGAUGAGAAACAUGUAAACCAAGACGAUUAUGCAACUGGUGAUUAGGAACAACAGAGAUGGAAGCAUGGAGAGAAAUGCCACACAAAGUAACUGUCGUCCUAAUGAAUUUGUUCUGAGAUCCUCCUCUUAUCGACAUUCUGAAGAAAAGAUGAGGCAGAAACUGCAAUUUUUCUUUAUGAAUCCUAUAGAAAAGUGGCAAGCUAAAAGAAGAUUUCCAUACAAAUUUAUUGUGCAAGUUAUCAAAAUAAUUUUAGUAACCCUGCAGCUCUGUUUAUUUGCUCACAGUCGGUAUAACCAUAUUAAUUACACAUGGGAUAAUCGCAUUGCAUUUUCUCAUCUGUUCUUGAAGGGCUGGGAUUCCACAAGGGAGGUUAAUGCAUAUCCUCCAGGAGUCGGUCCAUUAGCAGUAUACCAGAUUUUUGAAUUUUACUUAACUAUAGAUUAUGCCAUUGCAGGGUACACAAAUCUCUCAAAUGCUAUUGGACCUUAUUCUUACACAGAGGAGGAUAAUUCCAUGCCACCACCAGUACUAUGCAUCUGUCAUUAUAAAGAAGGUACAAUAUUUGGUUUCAAUGAGAGCUAUGUUUUUAACUCUGAAAUUGAACAAGUGUGUAUAAACAUGAAAAAUACAACAAAACCUUAUUCAAGUGAGGAAUAUCUUAGAGAGAAAAAAGUAAAUAUAAAUUUUUCUGCUUUAGUGAAGGCAACAUUGAAAUUUUCUGUGAAGACGAUAAACUUCAAAGCUGCUGGACCAAUUACUCCUCCUGACUGCUACAAAUUUGACAUUGAGAUAGACUUCGAUAAUCGAGAUCAUGAUGGUCAAAUGCUUUUGUCACUGGAUGCUGAUGCUGUCAGAUUAUCAUGCAAGGGCGAUGUGGAAUAUAUAGCGGAUAAUAAGCUCGAUUCGAUUCUCAGGACCAUACUAAAUUCAUUCGUGAUCAUCAUAUGCAGUGCAUCCUUGGUUCUCUGCAGCAGAGCAAUUUAUCGAGCUCAAGAACUGAAGUGGGAGACCAUUAACUUCUUUAAAGCAGCUUAUGGAAAGACCCUAAGUGUUGAUGGCCGUCUAGAGUUCUUAAACCUGUGGUAUUUGAUGAUUAUUGUAAAUGAUGUGCUUAUCAUUUUGGGGUCAGCUAUUAAAGAGCAGAUAGAAAAACAGCAAGUUGCUGGAGAUCAGUGGAACAUUUGCAGUGUACUUUUGGGGACUGGAAAUCUCCUAGUGUGGUUUGGAGUACUGAGGUAUUUGGGAUUUUUUAAGACUUACAAUGUGGUUAUCCUUACACUCAAGAAAGCAACACCCCAUGUUUUGAGAUUUCUUUUAUGUGCACUUCUUAUCUAUGCAGGCUUUACAUUUUGUGGAUGGCUCAUCUUGGGACCAUAUCACAUGAAGUUCCGAUCCCUAGCAAGCACAUCUGAGUGUUUGUUUGCCCUGAUUAAUGGUGAUGACAUGUUUGCAACUUUCUCCAUAAUGUCUUUAAAAUCACCAAUGUUAUGGUGGUACAGCCGAAUUUAUCUAUAUGGCUUCAUUAGCCUGUAUAUAUAUGUUAUUCUCAGCCUCUUCAUAUCAGUGAUAAUGGAUGCAUAUGAAACAAUAAAACUGUACUACAAGACAGGAUUUCCAAAAAAUGACCUUCAGAUAUUUGUUUCUUCUGGAAGAGAUGAAGCUGUUUCAGCAAUUCAGAAUGAGUCAUUAUCAACAACAUUAUCAUCCCUCAGUGAUUUUGUUGACAGGAUAUGUUGUUGCCAGAGGAAACCAUAUGUGGCGUUGGAGUGUACAGAUUCCAGUGGUUUAAAGUCUACAUACACACAUGUUACAAAUGCAAACUGUAUUUAGACACCUAUAACAUUUCUGAAUUCUUUGAAACAUUUGGUGCUAAAUAUUUUGUGAAUAUUGUAUAAUCAUUUUGUUCAGUUGACAAUUUUGAGCAAUUGUAGUAAUACACUGUCUACAGGCGAGUAUCAUAUUUUGUAUAUAGCCACAAACUAGUCUUUGUGUAAAAUUUAUAUAAACAUCUGGAAUUUUUACAAGU